CGGAAAUCUUCUAAAUCAGGGCUUCGCGGCUAGGGUUUACUUUCUCCCUCUGUGGCUUCAUCUUCUCGGGUCUACUCUCCCUACUCUCUAGUUCGCUCCUUCACCCGCAAAGGGUUUGCUGGAGACAAUGGAGAAAUCUAAGGGGAGAAAAGAGGAAGUUGUUACCAGAGAGUACACUAUCAACCUUCACAAGCGCCUCCAUGGCUGUACAUUCAAAAAGAAGGCGCCCAAUGCCAUAAAAGAGAUAAGGAAAUUUGCAGAGAAAGCAAUGGGAACAAAGGAUGUGAGAGUAGACGUGAAGCUGAACAAGCAAGUGUGGUGCAGAGGAAUCCGUAGUGUUCCGAGGAGAAUUAGGGUUCGUAUUGCCCGGAAGAGGAACGAUGACGAGGACGCAAAGGAAGAGUUCUUCUCCCUCGUAACUGUCGCCGAGAGUCCGCCCGAAGGGUUGAGUGGUUUGGGCACAAAGGUCAUCGAGGAAGACGAGUGAGUUCUGUCUAAAAUCUUGCAAGGAACCAUAUUAUCGAUUCUCUAUAUUUUUUUAUGGUUUUUGUCACAUUUGGAUUAAUGGCGUUCUUGUACUUUCGAUUUUAUGUCUACCCUUUUGGUGCUUUUCAUUUUUGCACUUGUGUACUUCCUCUCUACCUCUAAAGCUACGUAAUUUCCUUAACGAAGUUACUCUUAAUGAAUA